GUUGACACCGCCCGUUUUUCCCGGCAUGCCGCGGGGCCGCCUUCCCUUGUGACAUGCGCGGUGGAGAGGGCCAAGAUGGCGGCUCCCGGCGGCUUCGCGGUCUCCUCAGCGCCGCCGCCGCCUCGCCGCCUCCUCCUCCUCUUCCUCGCGCUCCUCUUCGUGGCGGCGGGGCCCGCGCGGGCGGGAAGGAGCCGAGUGAGGGCGCUGAGCGACGGGUCGUGGAGGGACCUCCUCCAGGGAGAGUGGAUGGUCGAGUUGUGAGUCGGGGGGGGAGGCUGAGGGGGAAGGGGCGCUCUGUGCAUGCUCAGGGGCCCCCUCCCCGAGGGGAAAGAGGGACGCCCUUCUCAUAUCCCUGUUGUUAUUAUGAUUCUUUGAUUAAAUAAAUCUUCCUUGCCAAAUUAUUUUCAUUAGUUUUCAAAAAAUAUAUAUACACAUGCACACACACACACACACACACUCAAUUUCCCCCCAAAAAUUUGUAAUUUAUUAUUAUUAUUAUAUAUAUAUAUAUAUAUAUAUAUAUAUAUAUAUACACAGUGGUACCUCGGGUUACAUACGCUUCAGGUUACAUACGCUCCAGGUUACAGACUCCGCUAACCCAGAAAUAGUGCUUCAGGUUAAGAACUUUGCUUCAGGAUAAGAACAGAAAUCGUGCUCCGGCGGUGCGGCAGCAGCAGGAGGCCCCAUUAGCUAAAGUGGUUCUUCAGGUUAAGAACAGUUUCAGGUUAAGAACAGACCUCCAGAACGAAUUAAGUACUUAACCCAAGGUACCACUGUGUGUAUGUGUGUGUGUAUAUAUAUAUACACACUAUAUAUAUAUAUAUAUAUAUAUAUAUAUAAAUUUUUUUAUUUAUUUUCCAUUUAAUUAUAUACAUUCACAUCAUCAUGAUCCACUUUACCGCCCUGGCUCUUUAGAACCUAUUGACUUCCUUCCUUCCCUCCCGCCUCAUGGCUAUCAAAAUUCACCUUUAUAUCACAGCAUUUUGCACGUUUUCUAAUUCUAAUUGCACUCAUUACAAAGUUACUCAAAAUUUAAAUAAAUACAGAAAGGUACUUGAAAGAUUAUUGUAAGCAAUUGACAUCCCUAGCAGGGUUGUCUGAAGACUUGUAAUGAGAAAUUUUCUACCUUUCUAUAUUUAUUUGCAAAUUUAUUUAUUUGGCUUUUCAGAUUAAAAUUGUCACAUAUCCAAUAUAGAAACAAGAUUCCAAAGAAUCUCCGGGACUUCCCUCCUCCUCCCCUCUGUGGGUCCUUUGUUAAUCAUUUCCCCUUGUAUCUUUUACGAUAAUCCAUAUCUUUUUUUCUCUCCAUUGCGUCCAAAAUUCAGCAUUAAACCACAAGUGUUAUUCCAAUCCUACUAACGAUAGUUUUCCGAAUUUUUAACAAGCCAAAUUACAACAGAUUGGAUACAAUUUCUCCCCGUUAAGUUGACUUCCUUCCCGCUCUCAACAGUCAAGUUGUGCUCCUUCUGUCCUAUUUAUAAAGUUCCCCCAUGGCUCUUCAUCCAACACGGGGCGUUUUGCAGCAUGGAAACACAGGAAGGGAUACUAGCAGGAAACACUAAUCCCCAAAGGAGAGAGAGGAGCUUGUCUGUGACUAGAUGGCGCGUCCCUCUUAGGGGCUCCUUGGAAGCACCUUCACUUCUCUUUCUGAGGCACAGAUGCACCAUGAGCAGGCAGAAAAAAGCCUGCAACAGGGCAAAACUCUUAAUAUGGUAGCUGACAAGCACAUGAGCCACUUCCUCAAAUGUACAAAGAUUGCAAAAUUUGCAAAGAGUUUUCAGCGAGUUACUGAAACAGCUUUGCCCUUUUUAAAAUCUGCAGUUGCCCAGCAGCUACUUUGGUUGAUUUUAUUAUGUUUUUAUUUAUUUAUAUAUCUACUUGAUUUCUAUAGCUCCCUUCAUCUAAGGAGCACAGGGUGGUUUGCAGUAUGAAGCACAAAAAUACGUAACAUGUUAACAAACAGAGCAAUACCCCCCUCUCCAGGGUUUAAAAUGCCACAAAUUGUUUAAGUAGCCGAAGACUGGGGAGAAGAGGAAUGUUUUUGCCUUGUCACCCGAAGGUCAUCAGGUGACUUACAUUACAGAAAAAUACAUACAUGAACAUAGUGAUAUAGGAGGGGGAACUGAUAGUCUGCUGUUGCCCAACUUAGAGCAUUUUGAACAACUUCAUUCUUGCUGCUAGAGCUGGAUGUGAACCAAGGAAACUCCCCCCUCCCCCCUUACUUCGUUAUAUACACACUUUCACCGUUCAUUAUCCUUAAUCAUAAAGCCAGGCUUCAGUGACAUAAUGAGCAUAUUAAAAAAUUGUCCAGUAGCACCUUAGACACUAACUAAGUUUGUUCUGAAAAGUGAUGACAAACCUAGACAUCAUCUUGCCAACAAAGGUCUGUAUAGUUAAAGCUAUGAUUUUCCCAGUAGUGAUGUAUGGAAGUGAGAGCUGGACCAUAAAGAAGGCUGAUCGCCAAAGAAUGGAUGCUUUUGAAUUCUGGUGCUGGAGGAGACUCUUGAGAGUCCCAUGGACUGCAAGAAGAUCCAACCUCUCCAUUCUGAAGCAAAUCAGCCCUGAGUGCUCACUGGAAGGACAGAUCCUGAAGCUGAGACUCCAAGACUUUGGCCACCUCAUGAGAAGAGAAGACUCCCUGGAAAAGACUCUGAUGUUUGCACAAGGAGAAGGGGACGACAGAGGACGAGAUGGUUGGACAGUGUUCUCGAAGCUACCAGCAUGAGGGAGGCAGUGGAAGACAGGAGUGCCUGGCGUGCUCUGGUCCAUGGGGUCAUGAAGAAGCGGACACGACUAAACGACUAAAUACCAAGGUGCUACUGGACAAUUUUUUAAUUUUUGUAUUUAUUUGGACUGCUUCAAGACCAACUUGGAUACCUACCUGAAUCUAGAAUAACGAGCAUAUGCAGCUGCAUUACAUUGCUAAGAGGAGAAUCUGGUGUUCCACCCAGAGUGGUCAGCUCUGGAGAGCAGUAGCUCUUGCAGGAUCGUAGGCAGGACAAGGUCUUUUGCAGCCUGACGUCCUUUUAGCUGGAGACACCAAAGGCUGAGUCAGGGAAUGUUGGCAUUGCUCUCUCCUCUCCCACCUAGCUGUGAACUCAUCUCAUCGUCUAAGGAUAGGUUCUGAGGCCUUGCAAGCCCCCCACCCUGCUCCGGGUUCUUUCCUGUGAGCCCUUAUUGGGAGAGUGCAGAGAGGGAAGCAUUUGCCUCCCAAAGGAGAGCCGCUGGAUCAUGUCACUGGCAGUGGACCAUAUAGGAGGCUGACUCCAAAUCCUUUCUUAACCAUGAACUCAUAAAACAAUAUUGAACAAAAGAGCAUAUCUUGCGUUGUGAGCGGCUGCAAUACAUUUUUUUGUAAGUAGUUUUCUCUUAAGUUGUGCUUUUAGCACUGUAUAGACAUGGCAUGGGUGGUGAAUGUGUUUCAGGGAACUGGAUCUUAAAAAUAUAUUAUAAAAGGUGAUGGUUUUGUGGAAAGGAAACUUUCCAGAAAAGUGGUGUAAAGCUGCAUAAUCGUUAGCGGGGCAAAAGGAGGAUUUGUGUUUUCUCACGCAGUAGUUGCUUACGUAAGUUUUCUUUUCUAGUUAUGCUCCGUGGUGCCCUGCCUGUCAGAACUUACAGCCAGAAUGGGAGAGCUUUGCUGAAUGGGGGGAGGAUCUCGAAAUUAACAUUGCAAAAGUGGAUGUGACAGAGCAGCCAGGUAAGGUUUACUUCUGUCAUAGGGGAAAUAGUUUACCAUAUAUGUUUGUAAUUCAUUCUCUUAUUAAAGCAUUCACCUUGUAGGUGAAAAGGAAUUGCACACAGGUGAGUGAGGUGCUCUGACCUCCUCUGUCUCAACACAGAAACCAAAUCCAUCCUCUGUGCCACCACAGUAAUACAAUGGACUUCUGGGGGCAGGAUAAUAGUAAUAUUUUUAUUAUUAUUUAUACCCUGCCCAUCUGGCUGUGUUUCCCCAGCCACUCUGGGCUUACAGAAUAUAUGAAGCAUAGUAAAACAUCAGGCAUUAAAAACUUCCCGAAACAGGGCUGCCUUCAGAUGUCUUCUAAAAGUUCCGUAGUUCUUUAUCUCCUUGACAUCUGAAGGGAGACCCCUGCACGUUACCCAGGACUUCAAGGCCCCCAGUCCAUGACAGGCUAGUUAGUAACUUCUGAGAGUUCAUUUUACAAGGAUGUUCUAACUUGUUCAGAUACAGUAGGUUGCAUUAGAGUAGAUGCAUGUACCACACAUCUGUGUUGAUUAGACUAAAUCAGGCAUAGGCAAACUCCGGCCCUCCAGAUGUUUGGGACUACAAUUCCCAUCAUCCCUGACCACUGAUCCUGUUAGCUAGGGAUGAUGGGAAUUGUAGUCCCAAAUCUCUGGAGGGCCGGAAUUUGCCUAUGCCUGGGCUAAAUUUUACUUUGAACACUAUUAAUGAUGUAAAGCAGUAGCUUUGAGGUGUGUCCUGGGAAGCCUGUGCUGCUUUAGAAGGUUUAGGGGAUUCUGCCAUGAGAAUAUGAGAAAUAGCAGUGCUCUUGGUUUGAGUCAAGAAGUUUGUCCAACACUCAGUACAGGCUGUCCCCUCCCUGAAGUCCUCUCCAAGGUAUACAAGUUCUAUAGGUAGCAAGACAUUUGCAAAGGAGAGCAUGCGUAAAACUGAAGUAAUUAUAGUCAAAUGGCAUGCUCCAUAUAUAUUAACAUGGAUAACACUGUAUACCACCUUUUAAAAAUAUUUUUAAAAUUAAUUUUCACAAUUAAACAUUAUCAUCACAUCAUCAUAAAAGAAAAAACCAGACAAAAUAGAAAAUAAAACAUUUUCACACCAUAAUAAAUUCAUAUUUUGGGAUUACUUAGAUCCCUCGACUUCCCCCCACUCCCUCCCUUGGUUCUUUUGUGUUAUCUUAAUUUAUACAUGUCAAUGGUUUCCUUACCUUUAAUUGUUUCUAAAUUUAAACAUUCUCUUUAAUAUUACAAGUGUUUUUUAAAAACCUGCUACUGUAUUAACUAACAGUACACCACCUUAAUUAUGUCCUGCUAGCAUGCAUGCGUGUGUGUUGCUGCUGCAAAAAUAUUCAAGUCACUAUUCAAGAUGAAUAGCUUUUGUAGAGCAAGGCCUGUCCAUUUGGGGUCCGAGUAUUGGUCAUAUGUUACAUGGGGUUGGGGAGUUGAUUGCUACAUGAGUAUCUUAUGCGAGUUGUAGAAGGCUUAAGAGUACACAGUUCAAGGGUUACACAAAAUAUGUGCAAUUUGGGAAAAUAAGACUUAACAAGCCUUUAGCAGCAAUACAUAUUGACAGCAUAGAAAAAACCCUUACUUCUAACAAACUUUUAGCUCUGAUUUUCCUUCUGGAUCUUUCUGCAGGACUGAGUGGACGGUUUAUCAUAACAGCACUCCCCACCAUCUACCAGUAAGUACUCUAAUUAAAUGUGACAGGUUUUUUAUUGGGGGUGGUGGGAGUCCUUAGUUCUUCAUUCCUCACCCCCAGUUCUAACUGGAACAAUAAUACUGGACUUCUCUCUGUCUUCUUUGGACAAAGGUGGGGGGCGGGCGGGAGAGAAUGCCAGAAUCAUUGGGGAAUAAGGCUGACAAUGAGUUCUUGUGUUUGUACCAACGCUCAGCCUUAGCAUAUGAGUCCAGCAGUCUUCUCCAUAGUUUCACAUAUGUGGAAUUUUUGAGUUACUGACAGGACUCUUCCUUUGAUCAGCUGUAAAGAUGGUGAAUUCAGACGAUACCAAGGUCCACGGACUAAAACGGAUUUCAUAAAUUUCAUCAGCGACCAGGAGUGGAAGUCCACUGAGCCCAUUUCUUCAUGGUUUGGUCCAUCUUCCUUCCUGUAAGUGACAAUUAAAGUCUCUUUCUCCUCCCUAAUAGGCUUCUGCAAAAAUCAGUAAAUAAAAGCAAAUGACUGAAUUUUCUCUUAAGAUCAUUUCUUUUAAAUAUUCAGUCACCUUGAAAAUUGCUGGAGGGUCUUGGUGGACUACUUAAUAAACUUACUUAUUUCAGCAUUGAUAGUGUGGUCAAACCAGUAUCACCUUGUGGAAAUUGCAGGUCAGCCUAGGCCAGGCUGCUUAAAGAGGCUUCUUUAAGCUGCUAACUUUCCCAGCAAAAAUUACCCUUCUCCAUAACCAUAUUAUGAAAAUCAUGUGCUCUAGACUAGGGCCUUUUUUACAGCCUUCUUAAUCAAUCUGGUCUUGGUCAAAAGCCUCCUUUAACUCUGUGUGAGGAGAAGAAAGAUUGAUGGUGGAGCCAAGGAAACCAUGUCCAGAGGAGGUUACAGAAUGUUAAAAAGUGAAUUUUGAGACGAGAAGGAUGUUGCAGUUGUGCCACACGCACACUUUCUCUAGCAAACAUCCAGCAUCAGAAUCCCAAGUAUGGCAGAGAAAACAUCAGGCAUUCCGAACAAAGGUUUCAUUAGUGCCCCAACGGGAGUGAAGAACACUUGGUGUUUUGUUGCCUUCUUUGAUUGCAGAAAAGGCCUUUGUUUUAUCUCUUCUGCUUUUUUUUUUUUUUUUUGGCAGGAUGAGCAGCAUGUCUGCCUUGUUCCAGCUAUCUAUGUGGAUCAGGGUAUGUGUGUGUUUCAAAUCUCCCUUUGAGCCAAAGACACUUGAGUGUCUACCUUGGUGACCCAGGGGUUGCCAGUAUAGCUCCUGUGGGCACAACUGCCACCUUGAGGAGGUCUUCCCCUGCCGCCCACCAAGCCUCUGGGCCCUCCUCCCCUUUUACUGACCCCUUGCUUCUGAACCGGUGAGGGAGGUUAUCCUUUCUAUUGUAGAAAAGUGCAUAGACCUGAAGGAGGAAGUUGGAAGAGACACACUCUUUCCACUUCCUCAUUCACCUCUCUGUGCUCAAGAGCAGUUCUGCUGGGUCUGUCUUAUACCGAGGUCCCUUGGAAAAGUGUGCAAUUUCUAUCUUUCUGGGGGUUUUGUGGGUGGGAGGGGGAUAUGUGAUCAGAGGGGGUGGCAUGAGCUCAAAAAUUCAUACACACCAAAGGUUUGGUGACCCUCUGCCCUAACCAGCUUCCUUCUCUUGUAGAACUGCCACAACUAUUUCACAGAAAACCUUGGCAUCCCAGCCUGGGGAUCCUAUGCCAUUUUUGCAUUUGCAACGUUGUUUUCGGGACUCCUUUUGGGGCUUGUAAGUAGAUGUUUUCGUAUGUCUUGGAAACUUUGAAGGUCACAUCUCACAUCACACACGAAGCAAUAAUACAGUGUUAAAACAAAGAAUUUUUCUUUUCCAGAUAAUGGUAUUUCUGGCAGACUGUAUUUGCCCUUCCAAAAAGCACAGACCACUGCAGCACCAUUAUCAAAGUAAGCCCUAUUGCGUGUCUUGAGUUGCAAACUGAGGUUGGGUCGCAACUCCUGUCAUCCCUGACUAAGGAUGAUGCAAGUUGUAGUCCCAGAACAUCCGGGGAUCUGAAGAACAGCAGCAGAGAGCAAGGACCCAAAAGCUGAUGUUCCAUAGCACAGGAAAUACUGUAUCCCAGGUAGAAACAGGUAGAAGAAGCAACUAGGGGGUGCCCCCCUGAGCCCACCAGAAGGCUUAGAGAAGCCAGAAGCUCCUGGACGCAGGCUUACUCACAUUCUCAGAGCUGAAGCCAAUUCUCAUUUGGCAGGCCCAGUCUCCUGUCUCGGAGCACAGUAGCACAAGUUGACAAAGGUGCUCCCGACUGAUGAGCUCAUCCCAGUUACCGAGAAAGAACAUUUCAGAGGUCUAAGCGAAAGAACCUUUUUCUUGAUAGUGGCCUUACUCAAACACACCCCAUGCUCCAAAUAUACAGCAUGAGAAUCAUAGUUACAAAAUGGAUGUAAUAAUUGCUGCUGGAUAAUGGCUUGGUUCCUUAGUUGCCCUGUGCCAAUGGCCAGGGCUGGAAUCAGUAGGUGGACAUUUGAGGCAAGCAGAUUUUGGCUGAGCUGUUUGGAGAAACUGCCUCAUAGUUUAGAGCUGUGGGACAAACAAUGGAAGAUCAGAGACGGCCUCAGGAGCUGGUGGGCUGUCCUUCCACGGACGUUCAUUUGUCUGGGACACUAGUUUCACUCAGCCAAGGCUUGUAGAAUGGUUUCAAAACUUUUAAAGUGCUCCAAAAACGAAAAGAAAGCUACCUCAAUGCUUCUUUUUAUGUCUAUGAUUAAUUUUAGUGCAUUUUGCUUAAGGUUGCUGGUAAAAAGACAGGUCCAUUAAUGAAACAGAAAUUCCUGGUGUUUAUUUGUGGUUUUGAAAAAUGGAGGUCCCAGUACUUGGGCAAAGCUCCAAGCCUGGAUCCCCUGUAGGCCUGAGCAGGUCAUCUUUGCCCAGAGGUAAAAGUAUAUUUUCUUUUCAGAAAAGCCACCGGAGUCUACUCAGCUCUUGCAAAAAGCGGGUGAAGGACUGGAGGAAGAUGAUCUUUCCGAUGCCGAGGUGGAGCCCAGAGAACCACCGAAUGCACUGAGGCAGCGUACUGCAAACCCCGUUGCCCGCGCUGGAGCAGAGCAGUCGUAGCUACUAAUUCCAGCUGGCUCCCUUUCUGGAUUUCCUGAGUUACUACUUGACAUUCAAAGGGGAGGGAGAGGGAGUUCUCCUUUUCCUCUCCUUCAAGAGAACAGACAUGGAACAGUUUGAAGUGCGGGAAGGGGGGCGCGCAACCACAUUUUGAUUUAGCAAGUCUUUGAUAAAGUUUGAUAUUUGAAGCAAUGGAGGUGGCAGCCUUGGGCUGGGCCGGGCAGUGCAGAAGGGCAAGUUACACACACGGCUUUCUGUCAGUAUCCACAUGAGUUGUUUCUGAUGGCCAGCCUGCAGUGCUGGAGGAAGUUUCCCUGAACUGUCCCCGAUGAGGCUUCUCUGUGUACGCAUUCCUUCCUCGUCAUGCAGAGGCAGUCCGGGAAGAGGAGUCUUCAGACAUGCCUUCUGCUCUCCUCCAGUGCUAACAAGAGGGUACUCCUCUCAAAGUAGCUCCGCUCUUCAGAAUGCAAAAAAGGAAUCUGCAGCUGUGUCUGAAACAGGCCUCUGAAAUAAGCAGGGAGAUUCGAAGGAUGUAGCUAAUUUCGCAUGCUCAGGAAGGGGCCUGCGUCUCUUGGCCAGCUGCCUCCAGCACAACCACCGAGGGGUGCUGCCAAAGCCGUUUGUCAAUGACUUGGGUGGGGUCUGCUGUCCAACCGGGAAGGAGCCCCAAACCCUCUGGGCACCCCAAAAACAGUCCUUUGUCCCCCAGCCUAACGUAACAUUGGUUGGCUUGGCUUGGCCUCUGGGUAUUGUUUCUUCCCCCGUUUUAUGUGAUAGUCGCCCCACCCCCUUGUUGCUCCUGCUUUUAUAACCCAUGAAGGAGUUGGGAGAUGCCGUGUCCCAAACUUUGUUGACUUUGAGUCUAAGGGGUGCGAAUCAUAUGCAAGGGGGAAAGGCAGGUUGUGAAGUCAGCUGUUCGGUCACCUUCUAACUUGUCCUUGCAAACUAAUACUUGUAAGUAGAUUGCAAAAUUAAGGAUAAGAACUCUAGCAGGUUUUUCCGAGGGCUGGGCUCAGUCCUUGAUUUCUCUGCCCAGGUGCCUUUUUUCUAUAUCCUCAACUGAAAGUUUAUUACUCCUCACAGUAUUCUAGAAGAGGCUUUGACUCUUUGAGCAGCUUCCUGUGGCAGACCACAAAGGCCAGUGACACUGUGAAUGCAGUUAGCAUUUCUAUGUCUCUCUCUUCCUCUGCGGCCACUUGCUCUUUUUCUACGGCGCACACCAUUCUCCUCUUGAAGGUUUUCCACCUUGGGGCCAGCAGCUUGCUUUCUGCCCUUUUAAGUACAGCCUGAGUGUAUUUAUUUCCUCAUUGUUUCCUCACAGAGCAGACAUGGGGCAUUUCAUGCUCAAGAUUAGGCCGCUUUUAGCCAUCCCAGGCAGUUUUUCCUCGUAGGUGUUCGGUUUAUCUAGAUGAACACAUGAAAGCUCUGUGCUCAGCUCUAGUCGGCUUCUAAAAAAACCCGGGGCAUCUCUCCCAAAUCUUAUGGUGCAUAGUGCUUGUAAAGGACCAACGAUGCGUUUGGGAAACAUUGAGACUGGCUUACAGCCGCUCUCUUUAGCCAGGUCCUGCCUGUCUCUGAAAGUGGCUUGUCAUUGCCUCCAACUCCCUUUAGAGCCUUGAACCCAGCACUUGGUCACGGCCUGAUCUAAGGUGGGCUGCAACCUCAGUACCAUUCAAAUAUAUGGUGAAACGAUUGAGAGCUUGGGUUUCCAAAUGUGUGUUUUGGCUGAAGGUGGUCGGUCCCAGGUCAUUAGAGUAAUGCUGUUUUUAAACUUUUUAAAGCUUUCAGUAAGUUCCAGGGCAAAGUGGGCCUUGGACUGCCCCAGUUCCUAGUUGUCUGCCUUGGAUCUCCGGCUUCAUGCCAUGUUCAAGAAGCCCUCUGCCCCGUUGUUGUUGCUGUUGUUGUUUUCCUUUUUGCGUUGUGUUUUCAUGCGUAAAAAAUAUGGCAGGGUUUGGAGGGGUGGGGGGAGAUAAGGUUUUCAGAGUCAGUUCCUGGUCAGUAAGCAACCCUCUUCCCCACUCCUGUAUCCCCAGAGGUAUCCAGCCUUGGCCCACCCUGGGCCUUCCGGGUGUUUUGAACUCCCAUCAUUCCCCGCCAGCACUGCUUUGAUGGCAGGGGAUGAUAGGAGUUGUAGUCCAAAACACUGAGGUGGGCCCCAGGUGGGCCAAGGCUGCCUUUAUGUAGCAGUUGGGGGUGGAAGAUGGAGGCAUCGGCAGGUGUGUGCGCCUGCUUGCUUCUCCUUUGCCACAGAAGACAGCUCAGUUGCAUCCCAUAACAUUUCUCUGCCUGAACCACAACUUUUGAAGCCCUAGUUGGUGUGGGAGAUUUUUUAAAAAAUAUAUAUUUUAAACUGUUGGCACAUGGCCCCCGAGAGAGGAAGUGCAAAAAAGGGGGUCAUUCCAUUUGCAGCCUGCCAUUUGCUUGAGGAAGGACAUUCCUGGUUUCAGACUUAAACAAACAGCGCUCCUUGGGUGGGACAGUUGCACCCGCUUCCUUUUUCCCCUGGCGCAGUCGUGGCCAAGGCAGCUGACCUGAAAGCAUUCCAGCUCUGAAGAACGAGGGAGCCUUUCCUGACGCGACCAGGCACCACUCCGAAAGGCAGCUUGCAGAAACUAGGUUUAGGUCUGAGUUACUGCAGAAGUGACUUUGGACACGAAAGACUAGUUCAUGGUCCAGGGCGCAGUAACUGAAGCAUGUUUGCUGUUCUCAGUUGUUGAGUGAAUGUUGUCUUUGCAGUUGACUAGAUGCCUCGGUCCUACCUGGGAAAUCGUUUCCAAGUAAUAAAAUAACAGACAUGUAGGAAACUUGUAACUGUACCUUGUGGUC